CCCUCGACACCCUCGACACCUCGAGCCACUCCGUGUGGGGCUACUCAACAAGUACACGAUAUUUAAGGGCGCGACAUGCAUGUCCAGAUGACGAUCGAUGCAUACCAGACACCACAGCGUGGACCGGUCAUCAGCAUUCUGCACAUACUUUCACGAACUCAAUUCAGGAUAUGAAAUCGACUCCUUCGCGUCAUGAUGACCACAGAGGGUUAUGCACAGUCCUUGUGCGAGACAUAGUGCAUGGCAUUCGAUCUUGCGUACUCAGCUGUGCGUCAUCAAUGUGAUAGCAUCGUGUACUUACAUGCCUGAGUGUCUUCACUAACCACGUCGACUAAGACUUUUUUUCAAUAUGGCUGCCGACGAGGACCGUCUGCCCCCUCUUCACCUCUCCUUCCCGUUCACCUACACCGUCCCGGACCCUCUUCCAAAUGCCCCCUUCGUUCCUUCCGCAGAGGAAGCCGAGCACAGAUACCACGGUCUUCCCUCUCAGCCCAUCUUCGUCGUUCGUUCUAACCACGACAUCUGGGUUAUACCGACGGGUAUGGAGGCACACAUCCAGCCCAGAGAGUUGCGUCGUGUCAACGACCACCCUCUCAACAAGGUCUGGGAGGGCAAUGUAGACGUCGCCAUGGACACAUACCUGGUGCGAACCAAGGUGCAGUACACGAGUGUGUGA